GGGCGUGGCCAGAUGACGCGCGCUGACGCGCGAUCCCGGAAGCGGAGUGUCAGAUGCUGAGGACUGGGGGGGUUGUUGUUAUUCCCGAAGUCGGAGGAGGAGGAGGAGGCAAAGUGGGGAAGCGCGUCCCCGCGAGGAGUCGCCGAAGUCGGAGCAGCCACCGCGCGUCCCCGCCGCCGCCGCCGCCGCCCCCCGCCAGGCCCCGCCGCGUGCCCGCGCCCCAGUGCUGCUGCUGCCCAUCUCACUCUCCAGCUACAGGCUUCGAAAUCCAGCUCAUUGACUCCCUCCUCAUCAGGGACCACGGGGUAGUCUCAGCCGGAGUCCUUCCACGCUCUUCAAAUCGUGGGGUCAGGAUGUUGUGGGCAGCAUAGGAGGAGGUGGUGAUGUCACAACUGCAGUGCCCUUUUCCGCGUUGCAUUUUCCAAUCAGUUCUGUCCAGGUGACUGUGCCCAGGUUAUGACGACUAAUCCUAAACCGAACAAGGCAUUAAAGGUAAAGAAGGAGUCAGGAGAGAACGCCCCGGUGCUCAGCGAUGAUGAGCUGGUGUCCAUGUCUGUUCGGGAGCUCAACCAGCACCUCCGGGGCCUCACCAAGGAGGAGGUGAUUCGCCUGAAGCAGCGCCGGCGCACACUCAAAAACCGAGGUUAUGCCGCCAGCUGCCGCAUCAAGCGGGUGACCCAGAAGGAGGAGCUGGAGCGGCAGCGGGUGGAGCUGCAGCAGGAGGUGGAGAAGCUGGCCCGAGAGAACAGCAGCAUGAAGCUGGAGCUGGAUGCCUUGCGCUCCAAAUACGAAGCUUUGCAGACGUUCGCCCGCACCGUGGCCCGUGGACCCAUUGCUCCCACCAAGGUUGCCACCACCAGCGUCAUCACCAUCGUCAAAUCAGCUGAGAUAUCAUCCACCUCGGUGCCCUUCUCAGCUGCAUCCUAGUGCUCCAGGCAGCUGCAAGUUAGAGGGAGGGCAGGGUGAGGGUGGGUGGGACUGGCAGCCCUUUGAGAAGGGGAUGGGAAAUGUCUCUUGUCCUUGGUCAGUCUCCUCAGUCCUGUCGAGUCGGUGUGUCUCCUCAAAAACGGUGCAGACCACCGCAAAGGUACCCUCAAUGGCUCUUUCAUAGUGGCCCUUGAUGGUUUAUGACAGGAAUUUGAGUUUGGGUGUAGGAUAAGGGGAAAACCUUUUGGUGAACAAUCCCAUUGAACUCCCCUUUCCUAUUUCACCCUUCUUCCCUACUCCCAGAUUUUUCUUUCCACCUCUUUGUCACUAUAACAAAUCUUGUUAUCAAGGAAAAGUUUAUUUCUUGAGAUGCCUCUUGGACAUUUGGCAGCCAGGAAAUGUAUAUGGAAUCCCAAGAUUCUCCAUAAAAGGGAGAAUUACUCCAGAAGAUUCCUGUGUCAGCCUAUGGCAACUAUUGUUCAAGGGGACCUCUGCACUAUCUCCUUGCCCACCUGAAGAGGCAGCAUCACAUCUGUUUUGUGCUUAAAAUGAAACUGAAGUGGUGACUCUGUAAACAUGAAUGAUUUGAGAUGUACCAGUUAUAGAAGGCUCUCAGUUUUUUAGCUCAUAUUUUCAACUUUCUUCCUCUCCUUUAAAUUUCUCCUCUCCCCUCUUCUCCCUUUUCUGCUAUGUCCCCCAGUCAUGAGGAAUAAAUUUUCAGGUUCCUGACAUGACUAAACGCCUGGCUACCCUCCCUGAGCAAGACCUGAACAGAAGGCAUGUAGUGCAGCUUAAUUCUUCCAGGUGUUCCACAUUUAGAAUGCACUCACAGCCCUGUUUUAGCAGUUAGCUUAGGAUUCCCUGGUGCUCCAGUAAAGGAGGUGUGGAAAGUAUUAGGUAGGGUUUCGUGUGUGUGCUCAUGCACACGUGUGCACAGCAUUCCCCAAGGGAGAUAUCAUAGCAGUAUUACGGGCAGAAACUGAGCAGUGGCAAGGGGAUGUCUGUUCCACAGAGGACUGAUUGAGUACAAAGGUGUUAUUUAAGGAGUAACAAAAUGUUCAGGAUGGUCUCGAGAGUAUAGCCAGCUUGAGAACUUCAGCAGGGAGGAAGUAGCAUGUGUGCUGGGGAAAACAGGACAUCCAGAUACCCCCCCCCCCAUAUGCAAACAGGGUGAUUGUUAGAGCACAAGGAUGCAAAAACAACCUCCUCUUGUUCCAUGGGGAAGCCUUCCCCCAUGGGACCGGCUGCUAAAACAGCAGACAGGUUAUUGGACACUGGCAGAGAGGAGGAGCCAGUGUACUUGUUCGUUGAUUUAGAACUGAUCCUCAGGUAGGCAUUUCAGAACUGAUGUCAGCCUCCUUCCUUUAGCCUACGUGAAUAGUGUCUUGUGUUCUAAGGAUCUGCAUGUGGUCAGCUCUUCUCCAUGUCAGUGAGAACAUUGAGUCUUUGAAACACGGGGAUUUUAAGGGACCCAGAGAAGAAAUACCAAAAAUAAGAGUUUUUGUUGAGGUGAGAACCUAAAGAAGAUAAGCAAAACCUUUGGUUCUACAGCAAGAAGGUGAGAGGGAUUAAGGGUGUUGUGGAGGAGAGGAAAGAGAUAGGAACAGAGGUGCCAGAUCAUUGAUGAUGUGAACUGGUAUUUGAUAGCUGGAAGGCACUGUUUUGUGCCAGUAGAGAUGCUGCCCAGUAUGUACACUUGAUGUAUGGUUCCUGUUUGAGAUGAGACAAAAAGUAACCUUGUGUGGGCCAAGAGAGUGGGGUGGAGAGUGGAUAGGGUCUAGAGAGAGAAAGGGGUCAAAGAGAAAGGUUAUCUUGUGUCCUUGGAAGAAAUCAAAAAUGAGUGUUACAGAAGAGACUAGAAUGUGAUUUGUGAUUUGAGAGGAAGUAUGUUUUGAAGUUGAUUACUGAAAGCUUGAGGAGGUUUACCAGGUGAAUCCUUGAAAAUCUAAUUGUGCUCUUCUACCACUGCAUAAAAGAUGAGGGGAAUCUGUGCAACCUUGGUGCUCAAACAUUGUCUGAAGCCUUUAACUUGCUUUUUCUUUCCUGAGCAACUGAGCCAUCAAAGAUCUCACAGUAAUAUUUUCCUGUGGCUCCUUUCCAUGGAGAGUAGUAAAAGUAACCUCAGAACACUUUCUGUAUGACUUUUAUUAAACAUUUGGGAAGGUGUUUAUUUAGCAUUACUACUUCCAUAUCUCCCACCUACCCUGCUAAUAGAUUGGUGUUGACUGUUAAGGUUGGGGAAUGAAACUGAGUUAGGGUCACAUUUGCUGGUCAGGAAGCAUAUCCUUUAAAGUUCUCUGCAUCAGCUAAGUGCUCUGGUCUACCAGGUUCAGUCUAGAUUCUUUACUAUUCGUGUAGAUACCUGUAUGUUUGUCUGUAGGAGUGGGAGGUGGGGAAGAGGAAGAGUGGGAUGUGACUCUUAUCAAUGGGCUUUGGGGAAGCUUAAAUGUACCAUAGCCCAAGAUCAAUCCUGCACUUGGCUUUGCUGGGUUCAUCAGAAAGAAACCUUUCUUUCUCCCCCACCCCUUUUC